AUGUCUGCUCGGUGGUCAAACAAGCCCAAAUUGCAUAUGCUUCUGCACCUUCCCCAAUCCAUCCGACGCUUUGGCCCUGCUUCUUUGUUUGCAACUGAAAAAUUCGAGAGCUACAACAGUAUACUACGAACUGCUUCAAUUCAUUCAAAUAGGCUUGCACCAAGCAGAGAUUUGGCCAUAUCAUUUGCCAACUAUCAGAUUAUGAGGUUAUUGUCAUCUGAUGUCUACAUGUAUGACCCUGACAGAAAUGAAUACUUCCAGGCCAGAUCAAAAGUGACAGAAAUUUUUGCAAACAAUGUGAUUGUCCAAAAGCAGUUGGGCUAUAAUUUGUCAUCAAUACAUCCAACCUGCACAUACCCAUGCUUAAAGGAUCCCAAGGUGCAAACAUCUGAUAAGGAAGAAAUUCCACAAUUGCUGAAAGAAUACCACCCCAACCGCCGGAUCAGACAAGUUUCCCAAGUCCGAAUCAACUCCAAAGAAACCAUUGAAAAGGGCACAUUUUACUUGGAGGCCGGCACAGAAACAUACGCAGACAGAAUAUGUUGUGUUGAAUCACUGUGGGAAGUUCAUCCUGGAGCCUAUUACGUCCGACGUGUAGGAUGUGCAUUUUAUGGCAUUGAUCCUGUCACCCGCAUGGCCAUUUUGAAGAAAAUAGAUGAGAUUGAUAUUUAUAUUCAACCAACCUCAAACAGCAUAUCAAAGCUUGUGUCAAUGUGCAACACAAUUGCCAUGAAGGACAGUGUCAGCAUGUUGAAGUACCAAUGA